AUGGCCCGGCUCUCGGUCAAGGAGCACCUGGACGGGAUCCUCUCCGACUUCGAAGCGCUCAAGAAGUCGUUUGAGGCAGAAGAUGGGGACGAGGCUCCCGGCUCCUUGCUGUCCUCAGGCGAGAGCCACCAGCCACUGCAGCCCGGCCACCCGCCCCGCCUGGGCAGCGGCCCCAGCCCCAGCCCCGUGCCCAGCCCCGUGCUGCGGACCCGGCUCGGCACCGGCCUGGCCACCGGCCGAGCCAACGGCACCGGCGGCCCCGGCAUCGCCCGCGCCGCCUCCUUCCAGAGCCGCCAGGCCUCGGCCACGGGGCCGGGCAGUGACGGAGAGAGCCAGCGCAGCUCCUCCUCCAGCCUGGAGAGCCCCGCGCCCACCGGGCCCCCCCAGCCCCCGGGCAGCCCCCCGGCCAACAGCCCCGGCUUGAAGAAGGUCCCGUCCCACGGCAGCGUCUUCCCGGUGGAGCUGGAUCAUCCCCUCCGCGGGGCCGCCGCCAGCCACGGCUCCCUGCCGGCGCUGGACCUGCACAUCGCCGAGGAGCCGGGCCUGGGGACCCAGCCCUGGGGCAGCCAGAGCUCUGCAGCCCAGCCUCGCACCCAGCAGCCUUCCUCCUCAUCCUCCUCCUCCUCCGCCCUGCCCCCGUACGAUGGCACAGAGACAGCCCCGGGGCUGCCCGGGUGGGACGCGGCUCCCCGUGCAGUGUCCCGGCCCCAGCCGAGGGUCACCCUGAGCGCCAGCCGGGCCCCUGCUCAGCCCUGGGCACCGGGGGAGGCAGCUCCGGCUGAGGGGAGGGCAGGGGGGCUGCCACCACUGCCAGCCCCCCAGGCCGCCACCUUCAGGCUGGUGUCGCAGCCGCAGACGGUGCAAGUGAGCUCCCAGCCCGCCUUCCUGGGGGGGCUGGUGCUGCUGCCAGCCCUGGGCCCCCUCCCCAGCACCGGGCAGGUGGCACCGCGGGGACCCUGCGUGAUGGCAGCGGCUCCCGGCGAGCCUGCGGACGGCAGCGGGGCAGCGGUGACGCCGGAGCACGGGAGCAGCCUGGAGCCCGAGGAGCGCAGCAUGGAGCCGCCGGCCGUGCCGGAGGAGGAGGAGGAGGACGAGGAGGAGGGGGCGCUCUUUGGAUACGUGGGAAUCGAAGCUGUGCUCGACCAGAUGAAAAUCAAAACCAUGAAGACAGGGUUUGAGUUCAACAUCAUGGUUGUGGGGCAGAGCGGGCUGGGGAAGUCCACGAUGGUGAACACCCUCUUCAAGUCCAAGGUGAGCCGCAAAUCCUCGCAGCCCGGCCAGGAGGAACGUAUUCCCAAAACAGUGCAGCUCCAGUCCAUCACCCACAUCAUCCAGGAGAAGGGGGUGAAGAUGAAGCUGACGGUGACCGACACACCAGGCUUUGGGGACCAGAUCAACAAUGACAACUGCUGGGACCCCAUCAUCAAAUACAUCAACGAGCAGUACGAGAGGUACCUGCGGGAGGAGAUCCUCAUCACCCGCAAGAGGAAGAUCCCGGACACCCGUGUCCAUGGAUGUGUCUACUUUGUGCCCCCCACAGGUCACUGGCUGCGCCCGCUGGACCUGGAGUUCAUGCGGCGGCUCAGCAAGAUCGUCAACGUGGUGCCGGUGAUCGCCAAAGCUGACACGCUCACCCUGGAGGAACGGGCAGAAUUCAAGCAGAGGAUCCAGGAGGACCUGAAGACCCACGCCAUCAGCGUGUACCCGCAGGAGGACUUCGACCAGGACCCUGAAGACAGGGCACUGAACAACAGGAUUCGUGAGAAGAUUCCCUUCGCCGUGGUGGGGGCGGACCAGGAGCACCAGGUGAACGGCAAGCGGGUGCUGGGCCGCAAGACCAAGUGGGGCAUCAUUGAAGUGGAGAACCCGGCCCACUGCGAGUUCCCCCUCCUGCAGGACCUGCUGAUCCGGUCACACCUGCAGGAUCUGAAGGACAUCACCCACAACGUCCACUACGAGAGUUACCGCGUGCGGCGGCUGAAUGAGAGCAACCGGCCGGGGCUGAGCCCCCUCAAUGGGCUGCCCGCCAAGGGCGAGGCCAGCAGCCACCUCUGAGCCACCCUGUGCCCCCAGAGCACCACUGGACCCCAUGGCAGCGCCCACCCCUGCCCACCAUGGCUGUGCCAGGAACCUGCCUGGGGUGAAGAGCCCCCCCAGGAGUGCCCAGCUGCCCUGACAUGGGUCCCUCAUCCCCAAGCUCUGCCAUGGGCACAGACCCCCAGACCCUGUGUGACAUUAAAGGUUAAUCCAGA